AUAGGGAAUCCUUAGGUACAUGCGAACAGCUGCUGUGGCUGACAAUCGGUUUGGUAGCUUUUUAAGUUUAUGCAAUCAAUGCUAAGCCUGUACAAAAGGCAUGAACUCAGCCAAGAUUUGAAAGACUGCAAUCCUGUGUAUUUGUCACGUUAUUCAGGCUCCUAUUUCGAAAUGCGAUUGCUCCUCUACUUUUGAUUACUGUUUGAUAUUCCAAGUUUGAUAGCGAAAUACAGCUCAAAGGGCUACAGAAUUAAUGUUUAGUGAGAUUAUUGAAUUCUUGAUUUCAGGAGUUAUAAAUAUGUUAAUAUUUUUAUGGGGACAUAAAAUAAUGUUUAUUGGAUUGAAUUCGGCUAUAUUGCGCAGCUUGACAAGAUUUACAAGAAGACCAGAGUAAUGACUAUGAUUUGAUAUAAUAUUCAUGAUAGUUCUUAAUCCUAUCGCUAAUGGCUUGAUGGCAGGCGAAACUAAAGCACUUCCAUAAAUCAAUACCAGUAAAUAUACCUGUCACAUGAAUUCAAUAUAAUGUCAAUAAAUGGAAAAACGGGAGUAGUAGUAGAAGUGCUUUUACAGGUAAUAUUUUGGAGGGUUUCUGAUGUGUAUGCGUGCGUUAUCUGUGCGUGCCGCAACUGUCAACUGUCAGUGAGAUGUUAAGGCGGGCUGUCACAAAAUAAAGGAGCAUCGUGCCAUGCAACCAUAGAAAGUCGUAUUAUUUGAAUCGACAGAUCACUGGCGACGAGGAUGGCGAAUGUAAUUGGUGUUCUUUGCAGUUUUGACCACGACGCCCAAGACUGGCGUAUUUUCAAAGGUCGGCUGGAACAAUUCAUCAAACUGAAUGCCAUAAAAAGUGAAAGCAAGAGUGCCUUACUUCUUACCCAUCUGUCGGAUAAUAGCUACCGCCUGGCUAGAAACCUUCUCCACCCGGCCGUGCUCGAGGAGGUUGCCUUCGAAGACCUCGUGAAAAAAUUGGACCAGCAUUUCACGCCGAAACGAUGCACUUUCGCCGAUAGAGAGAAGUUCUAUGAGGCAAAGAAAUCUGAGGGUGAGAGCGUCGAAGAAUGGGCGGCGCGUGUGAGAGGCUUAGCCGUUGACUGUGAGUUUGGAGAAGCAUUGGAUAUGAUGCUGAGAGAUCGUUUUAUACUCGGGCUUGCACCGUGUCGGGAACGUGACCGGCUUUUUGAAGAGAAUGCCAGCAAACUCACUUUUGCUAAGGCGUUGGAGGUAGCUCAACAGGCUGCGUACGCGAGAUUGGCUCGAUCCAAGGCACCUGCAGCAUCGGAUUCGGCGGCAAGCAUCGUCAAGGCCACGCAGAUUAAGGAGGAACCUGUGUACCGACUCAGCGGACAGCGUGCGCGUGGCGGGUCUGCCGCAGCGCCCGCGCCCGCCCGCAGCUCGGACAAUAGUUCCGGGGAGGUUCGUCGGUGCAUGGUGUGCGGCUUCAAGAGUCAUGAUGCAGAGAAGUGUCGUUUUAAGAAUUACCGGUGCCAGGUUUGCAACACAGUAGGUCAUUUGAAGAAAAUGUGCACUAAAAGGAAGGGUGAACCUCGCCUGAACUGCUUAAAUACUGAAGCUGACUCAAGUGAUUGCGAGGAAUGUGAAGUGUAUUCUUUAAGGUGCGCGCGAGACGAACGGCUCGCGUGCUGAUGUCGUGAGCCCCUCGCAGUCACCACCGCCGCCGCUCCUGCGCUCGCCCUCGCCAAAAAGGGGGCCACAGUCGCCACCAACAGUACCGUAUGAUAAGGAACAGCAAACUAUACACGCCGAGGAACAUGAUAGUGGGGAGGAGGAUGAGUGGGCUGAGGCUCAGGACACAGCCGUUGAUGAUGAGCAAAAUAAUUGUCCUAUCAUUGAAUCAACAAGGUCUGCAAGGCCCAUUCGUAGUUGUAGGCGUAAGAUUGAUUAUAAACUUUUAAAUGGAUAAGUUACCGCGCAUUAGGUGAGGCAGGUACAGGCCGUUUAGCGUACUUAGACUAAGUAUAUAUACCUAUAUCUAUUGCUAUAACUACUGUGUGUGUGUCAAUUAUUAAUAAGGAAAUAGUUAAGUUUUAGUAUUAAGCCUUAUUAGUUUCACUUAUUGUUAAAAAAAAAAUGUAACUUUGAUAAUAGUGUCGGAGGAGUGAUGUGUAUGCGUGCGUUAUCUGUGCGUGCCGCAACUGUCAACUGUCAGUGAGAUGUUAAGGCGGGCUGUCACAAAAUAAAGGAGCAUCGUGCCAUGCAACCAUA